GACACGCAUGAUGAACAUCGUCGCUCCAUGACGCCGCUCCUCGGCUAACAAACCGUUUAUCAAUGAACAUACAAUCGCCAAGAGACUAGAGCUGUGUGAAGGAAGGAAAGGCUAUACAUAUUGAUGUUCUGUUAAAAGCAUUGGUCACCAUUGAUAAGACAUACUAGCCUACAAAUGAGACACGCUUAUGCCUAAGUAUAACCAGUUUAGCAUUGCUUGAUAUUCGCUAAGAGAAUAAGGAGUUCUUCUGUAUAGCAACCACAGUUGUAAUGUGUCUUCCGGAUACUGAAAAAUAUCACGACAUCACUGCAUAGGACUGACGUUCAUGAGGAAAUAAGAAAUCAAAGAUGGCUGCCAUGUAACAUGGAACAGGACUCCGAUUCCGCUGCGCCGUUGGUAACCAUACAAUACAAGAUGGCUGACCGAUACCAUUACAAAUUGUUCUUUAUGGAUUAGUAAACAUUCUGCAUUAUAGAUUGAACGGAUUAUCCCCAGCAAGGAUUACUUUGCUGUGAGUUAGCCUGUCGACCUGGACAUAUUACGACGAAAAAGCAAACAGUGUUUUACUAACUCGAAAUUAGUAUGUUUUGGCUUUGUGAAUUAACUUUGUGCAUCGAAAGAACAACACACAGAACACGAGAAAUAAUGGCCAGGAAAAUGGUUUGAAACUCAACAAAUUACCAAGGCACGGAUGCAUACAACCAACAGUUCAUUCUUUUCCAACCCAUUUAUGCGGGAUUUGAUUAAUUCUUUUAAAUCAUUUAAUGUGUUGAUAUUGAUCUGACGACUGGUGUUGUUGAAGAAAGCGCUGGUGUUGGGGAGGUCAAUGAAAUUUGGCGGUACGCUAUUCAUUUAUGGACGGAUAUCAGUACAAUAUAACAUUCACCAAAACACGUUUCCGUUGGGAGCUUACUAAAUAAUGAUAAUUGUCUCACGAAGUGGAUAGAUUUUCGUAGUUUUUUAUAUCAGGUGCUCCAACAGGCCAAUGCAGCUUACUCUAUAAAGUCUAUUUUUAAAGUAGAAAAGCCAAAAUGUCGGCGGAUAAAGUGAAGAAAACAUUCGAAUUUCGGAUGUCGAAAAAGGUGGCUGAAUUGACUCAGGUGGUACAUAUGUUGUUCACCCGAAACCAUGAAAAGGAAGUGGAACUUGAGGCACAGAAGGAGGCCUAUGAAUAUGAGAUUGAGCUGGUGAUCAGAGACGCCAAAUCUCAGAUAGAGAGACUUGACAUGAAGAUACGAGAGCUGGAGCGGAGUAGGAAUAUUGAGGGUGAAAAGGCGAGGCUGCAAUACGGCCAGGAGAUGCAGCAACGCGAGUCUGAGCUGAAGGCAAAGCUUGAGGAGAAGGAAAAGGAGUUAGUGGAGGAGAAGUCGGAAUGUCAACAUGUCAGAGAUUUGCUUAUAAAUGCACAAAAGGACAUUGAACAGCUACGAAGAGGAGUGAGCAGUGAGCUUGAUAGUAAAAGUGACGAAGUCGCUAACAAAAAUAAAGAAAUCGAAAAACUGCGAAGGAGUGUGGAAAAAACUGAAAAGAAGCUCAAAGACUCGGAGAGAAAAUCAGACGAAGCUAUCAAAGAUUUGAGCACGGAUAACGAUAAGUUGCAAAAGGAAUUGUCGCAAUUGCAGGAACUUUUUGAGGAUAAUAGAAAGACAAAAGAACAAUUGAUUUCUGCGAAUAAACUGUUAGAGAUUGAGAUUAAGAAGAUCCGCAAGGAGUUGGGAAAACGCCUCACUGAGAUGGUGGCUAACCAGAACGGUAAAGGCCGAGGAAUGGUCGUGACUCCUUUAUUAGACUCCUUUGAUGUCCCGCGUAAUCCACAGGACUACAACAAUGAACUGGACAGAUUACGGCGAGAAGUCCAGCGCUACAAGAUGGAGCUGACCAACCGCGACAGUAACUUCAACCGCGUCUUCACGGAGUUCCAGCCGGUCGUGGUCGACUCCCGCGCCGGGAGGAUAGCCACUCAGCAGCAGCAGAUCAUGUCCAAUACAACAAACUUCGGCUCACCGCAGUCACCCCAUAGGCGAGAGAAGACAUUCGCGUACGCAACAGCCAACAGCCAUUCAUUUGAUGAUGAACCUCUAUUUUUCCCUCCAACCCGAAGUGCCUCGUCCAUGUCCACGAGUACAAGCCGUCUGCCAACACUGCCCACGAAUCAGAAGGUGACUAAGUUAAUGAAGCCUCGCCCAUUGUCUAAGGAACUGCUUUCCGGGAAGAAUUGACCAACUGGACUAUUCGUCUUCUGAAGUAGAAUUGGACUACAAUGUAUCAGUCCCCGUCGGGAUUUGGACGCUGAAGGACUCAAUAGCGAGUUCAGGGAAAUCGAAAACAACUGCUGCCGUGUGACGUUUCCGUAUCGAUUUUACGUACAUGCAUGAUACUAGAAUUUCUGAAGCGUAAAAUGGAUGCGUUCUGUGGGAGAGCGACCUUUCGAUUUGCUCGAACUCGGUAAUUGUAACUACCUCUUAGUUGUGGUCAAAGAUUGGUCCAGAAAUGAUACACCCUCAACGUCUGUCACUACUUUUGAUUGUCAACAUCUCGUGGGAGUUGCUUUGGGUCUGUACAAAAUGGAAUGUAAGGAAAGCCAAAGCCCAUUGACAGCUUACUAGGGCCAGAUCUGGUUGGCUGAUGCCUGUUGCCAAAAUUGUGAAAUUCAAAUCCACCAGCGUUGACAUCUGGUGACUAUCGAAAAGACUCCUAGUAAUGUGAAUAGGAAAUGUGUUGACACGAGGAUCCCUCUAUGAAAUUCAGGACGAUAAUAGUAUGGGUUUAUCGUCCAAUAUUGUUUAAUUACCAGGCAGUGUAAAUCAGUAAAUCAACGUUUAUCAGGUUAACCAUGUCAAGGGUAUUUUUUUAUCAAUGAAGUCUGUUGUGCGAUGUCUUUGAUAACGCAGUUGAUAUUGUAUUUUUGACGACAAAAGCUUUUUAUUCUAUGUAUAUUUUCAUACUGCAC